UACAGCAAUAUCUAUGCAGCAUAUGUGGAGGGCAUGUAUGGUGGGCUUGCAGCAGCAGGUGGCUAUGCAUAUCCACUCAAUGAUACACCACCAAAACCCCGUCAUGGCUCCAAAGAUAGAGGCAAUAAGCUUGCACAGACCCCACCAGAGCAAAACAAUGGACUGACGAAGGACAAUUCGAAAACUCCGGAAAAAAUGCAACAAGAUAGACUGGGUGUCAAGAUACUGGGAAUGGAAUCAUACCAGACUUAUGUUGAAAAGAAAGUUGAGGAGGAACCAAAGAAAGUGAAGAAGAUCCCAUGGAAAGAGAUUAAAAGCAAUGCAGACCAUGUGCCCAAAUCUGCAGCUAGCCCAGUCAGCAGAAGAGACACAAGGGAGGAACAACAUGGCUUCAAACAAGAUGGAACUAGCCAGGGGGGUAAGUGUGUAUCCAAGGAGAUAGCAGGGAACAGAGGGAGACAAAGCUUAGACAUGAAUAGACAAGGCAGCAGACAAUGGAGACAGACUCCUUCCAAAGGAACCCUUACUGGUGCUGAAAAUGGGCCGGCAGAGCAGGCCCAGCUUGGUCCACACAAAGACAAUGUGUCCAGUAAACCUGGUAGUAGGAGAAAUAGCAUGUCUGAAGUCCGAGCAGCGCAGGCUAGCCCUGAGGUGGUCAAGGCUGAGUAUGAUUGGCGGAGGUUCCAGCUCGAGCGCAAGUUUAAAAAGGUAUUGGAUGCACAGAAGGAGAGAGAAGAACAAGUGGCUGCUAAGGACCUUUGGACCAUUAUGAAGUCAGAUGGAGGCAGGCUGGCAGAGUUCCCCAUGCCAGGUGCGGAGGUGGUGCUGGUAGACUUGUUGCUAACUCUUGCAGUAGAGAAGGACGACACCAGACUUGCCACAGUAAAACUGAUCACAGUUUUCUGUAACCUGUAUCAAAAAAGCAUGGAUGUCCUGAGCAGUGUCUUGUUGGAGAAACAGGCAUCCUACUGCAAGGUGUCCGGGGCCACCAAUGCCAAACGCCUGUAUGAAGGUUACAGUAAGACCCUAGGCAAUCUUUAUCUUCAGGCAAGAAACAACUCAUCAGGGCAAGAGUUCCAAGACUGUGUCUGUGGCAUGAUGUUGAAGGCCCUGGAGAAGUGGCUCCAUAUCAACACCCAGGUUGAGGAAGUGGUGGAGGUGUGCACCAACUGUCUGUGUUCUCUGCUGAGAGUGGUGGGAUCAGAGCUGGACUCCACUGGCAGGGAACUGAUGCAGCUGCACUUUGGCACCAUCAACAACAAGAUCCUUGAUGAGACUCUUCCCAGGGUGGUUCGGAGCAGCCUGCUAGAACUUGCUCUGCUGCGUGCCAGUGGCUGGGUCGAGCAGAGUUCAUCUCAGGAAAAUGGCAGCCAGGACGACUCAGAGGGCUCAGUUGUAGAAGAAGCUGAGGCAGUGCUGAGAAGUAACACCACAGGAGAAAACAGGACGGAGACUGACAGCAAACAGCCUCCUACAACAGCAAAUGGAGACAUCUCCAAAGCCAGCUCACCUCAGGAUGAAGAGAAGGACCAUUACAAGGCAGUGCGAGCAAUGCUGACAGAUCUGAGCCUGGAAGAGUUCCUCCCCAAGUUCCAGGAGAAUGGCAUCAGAGAUACAACUUUGCAGGCUAACAGGAGCGAACUGAAAACAGUUCUAAAGGAGAGUGGAUUUAUGCCUGGCACCAUACUGGAAGUCAUGUUGUACCUCGACACUCAUGGUGUUGGUGCUAAUACUGGUCAACACACAGUCACAACGUCAUGUAAGAGUUACAACAACAAAGAACAAUUACAUAGCAAACCCACCAUCGCAAGCCUGAUGAUAGCAGCUCAGCAAAGUAUGUGCAUUGCAAAGCCCAGCAGAUCAAUACUGGAAAGAAUGGAAUGUAUAGAAACUUCAGAAUCACAUUUAUAUGCUUUGAAAGUAAGGCCCAGCAGUAAUAAUGACGUGACAAGGAGCAGCAAGUUUGAGGAACAACCUUAUACUGAAGGGAAACCCGAACAAAGCCAAACUUCCAUACAAGACAGAAAAGCAGCAAAGUACAACAGAAACAUGGAACAGUUUCAGCAUAUCCUUCCCAACAUCAAGGAUGAUGGCAAAUAUGCAUCCAAAACCCAACACCUCCCAUGUCCGAGGUCCUUGCCUCUACCACCUCCGACAUUCUUUCACUGUGAGCCCAGAGAUGAAGCAGCAGAGAAUCUGGAAACAUCUGGCUGUAGAGAAGAGCAGACAAACAUCCAGGCUAACUGGCUGUCAUGACACAGCUAGCCUGGGUACCAUCUGGAAAGUAGUUCGCUCCGGCAGUAAUUAUAGUACAGUUGCUUCUUGCUCUGACAUUUAUCAUAAACUAUAUACAGUCGCUUUUGUGCUAUUCCGUCUGGAAUCAUUGGCCACGAUAACGUCUGGAAUCGUCCAAAUUUUUGUACGAGGGUGCUGAUUGGUCCCUACACAUGAGCGUAUUAGGAAUGGGUUCAAGCGCUCGUUCGAACAGGCAUUCCAACACCUGAAAAGCCCUCCAUCUGCUCGUGGGAGGGACUGUUGUCAUCGAACGAGUGCUCUAGAACCUAUUCCUUAAUUAACCGACGUUAGCACGAAACGGUUUUAAUGUGCAGGUCUCCAGACAGGUACCAGGAGCAAACUACUACCCGGAUGGUACCAGGUUAUCUUACAGCAACACUUGGUCCAAAGAAAGAAAAUGGUUAGUAUGAAUGGACCUGUUCCUCCUGACCAUCACAAGUUGUGAAUGAAGUGUUGGGAGGAUGUGAUCUGGAAUUGUAGAGAAGAGGUUUCCAGAUCAGCUGUUACAAUACGAUGCAGAUUCCAACAGGAUCCUUCAUAGCCUGGUAUCCAAUCGUAUUAUAGCUCCAUAUUUGCAGAGAGGACAGAAGAGACUUGGGAGCUAUAAUAUGGCUGGAUACCGGGCUAGAUCCUUGGACCAGAAACAGGAGAAUCUGAAGCUAUCAAAGAAACUAUGGACUCAAUAAAAAGUACAGUAAGUAGA